AAAUAGCCAGUGGGGCAACCAAUACUGCAGGUUGUGAUAGUGAUAUUUCAGCACCUUGGACAGCACCGAGAAUGGGUCAAGCGCAGCCCACUGAGCAGACUGAGGAGAUAGAUGUGGCAGCACUGCAAGACAUGUACAAGAAGUUUUUGACCGAAUGUCCAAGUGGGGUUUUGUUUCUUCAUGAAUUUAAACGCUUUUUUGGGGUAGAUGCAACCGGAGAGGCAUCCGAAUAUGCUGAGAAUAUGUUUCGAGCUUUUGACAAGAAUGGGGAUAACACCAUAGAUUUCCUGGAGUUUGUAGCUGCGCUGAAUCUAGUUUUCAGAGGAGAUCUGCAGCAUAAAUUGAGAUGGUCCUUUAAAGUGUAUGACAAAGAUGGUAAUGGAUUUAUCGACAAGACAGAACUUCGGGCUAUCAUUGAUAGUAUUUAUCGGAUAAAGAGGGUAUCAAAAAAAGAUCCUGAGACUCCCCAACUAUCUGCUGAUGAAGUUUGUGAGAGAAUAUUUAAAGUAAUUGAUGUUGAUGGAGACGGUCAGAUAACUCUAGAAGAGUUUUUGGAAGGGGCACAGAAGGAUCCCUGGAUCCUCAACAUACUACGCCUGGACAUGAAUCCAUCAGGCUGGGUGCUUGAGCAAAGAAGAAAGAGUGCCUUUUUUUGAGAGUUAAUCUGCGCCACAGGUGUUGGCGGACUGCCUGUACUAAGACUCUCAGGGCAGAUUGCUUUGUGAUUAGAGAGACAUGGCUGUCC